AUGCUCUCAGCAAGCUCCCUGCGAACUGCCUUUCGUGGGCUGUCUCUGGACACCCCAACGUCGAUCAAGCGGAGUUUCUCGACAACUUCUUUCCUGCAAAAGCGAAAGACUCUUUCUGAGGAAGUCCCUCCUUACCCAUAUAAACCCAAUUAUUUAUACAAGCAGGCGGACACUGGUUUAUACGGCGGCGUGUCUAUCGACUUCGGUAACAAGAUUUCGAAGGGCAAGAACAAAGGCAAAACAAGACGCUCCUGGAAACCCAACGUCCGAUGGAAGAAACUGCAUAGUGAUGCACUCGACGAGGACGUGUUCAUCAAAGUCACGCGCAAGGCUUUACGUACAAUUCGGAAAUGCAAUGGCCUAGACAAUUACCUUUUGUCGGAUAAACCAGCCAGAAUCAAGGAACUAGGGUUAACUGGCUGGGAAUUGAGAUGGAAGGUCAUGCAGACACCUAAAAUCCAAGCAAGAUUUAGCGAGCAAAGGAAAAAGCUGGGCUUGGCUGAGCCACCAAAGUCAUUUGAGGAGUGGCUGAGAACACGGAAGCAGAUACAGUGGCGAGGGAAUACCCCUUUGAAGGAAAGGGUUGAUAUCAAAGACAAGACACCUAUCAAGCUGGAACAGUUAGCCAACCUAGAAAGUUUGAAGGAGCAGCCAACACAGGGACCGAAGUUGGCAUAA